UUAAAAACAUAUACAAGUAUAUAUAUAUAUAUAUAUACAUACAACCAACUCAAGAUCGAUUCAAAGUCUGAUCUACUCUCUCACUAAGCUAGCAAGCUUAUUAGCUUCCGAUCAACUGGCCGACGAACCGGUUUAGCCCGGUUUAAACGACAUACGAAGUAUAUAUUAUACAUCUACAAAUUUCCCAGAGAAAGUUAUGGCUCUAGCAAUACCAAUACCAGAGAAAUUGCUGAGUUUUCUGAUGGAGAAGGUUGUCCCUGUACUACAGGCCGAGACACGAAAGUUUCAGAGUGUCCCGGAAUUAGUAAGUGACAUCAAAAAUGAAAUGGAGAUCGCUAAAGAUUACUUGAAGAAAGUCGAGGUAAAGGUAGACAGAAUAGAAGACAGAUCAAAAGAUAAGCUCAAGCAAGUGAGUAAGUUAAGGUCAUUGGUGUUUAAGAUUGAAGAUAUCAUAGAUGACUGCGAGCUGAUUGACCAACAACAAUCAGGCCACCAACGCGAAGGAGAUGACAAAGGGUGCAUGACCGGAAUGUGGAAAUUAUUAGAUCAAGGUUCUAAAGAUGUCGAGGGUUACAAGGACAAACGUGGGAUUGCUUGCUCGAUUGUAAGGAUUAAAAAUGCAAUGGAGAAGAUAAAAGGAAAUGGAAAAGGUUAUGAGGAAACGAUUUUUGCUCUUGUUGAGGAAGAUUCGGGGGAAAAGAAGCUUGACCCUGGAACUUGUCCGCUUUAUAAGGAUGAGGAAAAUUUCGUAGGGUUUAAGGAACGUGAAUCGAUUGUAAAGAAGAAAUUACGUUUGGAGGAUGAGGAGUAUGACAGUAAACAGUUUGUGUUAGCAGUUUGGGGUCAGCCGGGACUUGGGAAGACAACGCUUGUUCAAAAAGUGUACGAGAAUGAAAGGAAGAAUUUCUCAUACUAUGCUUGGAUCACAGCAACCAAGCCUUACUCAAGUGUUGCUCUACUUAAGUGUUUGUUUAAACAGUUCAUACAUAGUUAUUCUUCUGCAGACAAUGUUUCUGCUGACAGUAUUUCUGUAGACGAAGUGCAGAAAUUACCAGAUAAUGAGGCGACGAUCACUGAUCGUUUAAGGAGUUACCUAAUGAUAAACGAUGCCAAAUAGGGUACUUGGUGGUUCUUGAUGAUGUUUCGGAAAUGGAGGAGUUGUCUAAGAUCAUUCAGGCUACUCGGUACCUAGUUACAGCAAAGGUGGUCGAAUACUAAUGACAAUGAAAAGUGAACACAUUGCAAAUUACUGGAAGACUUCAAGUACUUACGGUGAAGCCUACAAUCUGCAAGUUUUAUCUGAAGAAGAGGCCAAGCGUCUCUUCAAUAAGAAGGCAUUUGGGAACGAAGGAAAGUGCCCUCGGAAGCUAACAAGUUUACGGGACAAAAUUGUGAAAGAAUGUGAUGGUUUGCCCUUCCUGAUAGAGAAAGUAGGGGCAAUUUUCUCAACCACGGAUAAGUGGAUUGAGUUGUAUCAGAAUUUCCAAAUCAACCCUGUAUCGCCGGAAUGGAGCAAGGACAAUCUACUCUUCAGCGGCUACCACGAGAUGCCUUAUCAUCUUAAGCCUUGUUUCCUGUAUUUAUGCAUGUUUCCUAAAAGUUGCAAAUUCAAAAGAACGAGAGUAGUUCGUCUAUGGAUUGCUGAAGGUUUUGUGGAAGCCAAGGAUCAUAGCACUCUCGAAGAAGCUGCAGAAGAAUAUCUUAAUGAACUAGUUGAAAGAGGUAUGCUUCAUCUCUUGAAAAGCGACGAAACAGGAAGAAACAGGACAUUAAUACUUCCCUGUAUGCGGCAACAUGUAAUGUUCCAAAAGUUGGCAGACUUGAGUUUUUGUCAAGUGUUAACGCAAAACAGGUUAAGCACAAACAAUCAAUGUCGAAGGCUUUCGAUUCACAAGGAUGCACCAAAUACAGUCAUUGCCUCAAGUGUCCGCUCAAUCCUUUCAUUUGUCCAACUUGAAAAAUUUCCGAUUGCAUGGUCAUCGCCAUUCCAGGAAGCUGAAUUCCGGCUAAAAGUACUUGACCUUCAAAAUGCCAAGUUUGUUGAUGUCCCGAGAGUGGUGGGAAAGCUGCAUAACUUGCGUUAUCUAAGCAUCAGAAAUACCAAGGUUAAUAAACUGCCGGAAACUAUAGGUGGACUCUGGAACCUUCAAACCUUGGAUCUCAAAAACACUGAUGUAAAGGAGCUACCAAUAGGAAUAAAUCGCCUUCACAAGCUCCGACAUCUUCUUGUAUGCCAUUAUAAUGAAGACGAGAAGAUGGUGCCAGUAAAGAUACCCGAAGGGGUAUUCAGUAACUUCAAGGACCUGCAAAAGCUAGCAUUUGUAGAUGGAAGUCUCUAUUUACCAAAGGAGGAUCCUCAAAAGGAGGAAUUACAAGAAGAAAAUUCACAGAAGGAGGAUGGCAGUUCCAAACUUAUUGUUGGUUUAGUGCCUGGUUUGGACAAGCUAACACGAUUGAGAAGGUUGGCAAUCGUAAAUAUGAAGAAGGAGAACAUAAAAACCUUGUGUAAGGCAUUAGAAAAUAUGAAACAGCUCCGAUCAUUGAGUGUAAGAAUGCUAAGUGAUGAAGAUGUUCUUGAUUUGAGCCACAUCAAAUCUCCUCCUGAAUUUCUAGAGCGGCUUUACUUAAUAGGGCCUUUGAAGCAAAAACAAUUGCCAAUAUGGAUACAUAAACUCAAGCAUUUGGUUAGGUUGCUGUUGAAAAACUCAGGUUUUGAGAGCGAUCCGCUCGAAAAGCUCAAGGUGAUGCAAGAAUUGCUAGUGCUUGAACUUGAUAAUGCAUAUGAUGGUAAGGUCUUGGAUUUUGGUUACAAGGGGCUGAGGAAACUACAAGUGUUACGUAUCAGACGGUUAACAAAUUUGAGGACAGUAAAAGCCGGAAAAAAUGCUCUACUUCAGCUCCGUCUGGCAGUACAUAGAGAUUGCCCGACGUUGAAGUACAUUUCCCUUCCAUCUCAAAUAAAUGAAGUUAUUCAAGAGUUUAAACCAAGUAAGUCUCCCAAGCAAAGGGUCAAUUGAUUUAUCUUCCAAGCUUUAUAUAUUACA